AUGGCUCUUACCAUCGACCUUGCUUCCGUCGACAAUGUCAACCUGCUCAGCCUCGACACUGAUACCCCCGGCAAGUCUCUAUGGUUCAUAUUAUUUAGACUGCCCGCUUCCGCCAAGGCUGGAGCCAUGCUGAAAGAAGGUGAUAAGGCCCAAGCUGUGACCCUUACACUACUCGAAAAGACGCGGCCCUUCAUGGAGAAAGACCUUCACGAUCGUUUGCACGAGAAAUACGACUGGCUCAGAGAGCGCAGACUGCAGAUGAAGCCUGGGUUUCUCAAGCGGGCUACGCAAUGGGAGAAAAUUGCCGCUUACAGAGAGGAUUCAGUUGAAUUGAGCGGAGUCACUGUGGUUUCAUCAGAGCGUGCACGGAGCCUGUAUAUGUGGAAGAAGAAAUCGCAGAAGUCUGCUCCGGAAUCUAGUGUCUUGUCUGUAUCCAACUCAGAUCACGCUGGCGUGGAUGAGGUUGAGUCCAUUCUUUCAUACGCCGAUUCAACUGCGCCUGGAGACGGCGAAAGUGUAAACGGCAAUGCCAAUUCUAAUCCCAUAGAUAUUGUGCCGGAUGGUGCAGGCCAGCCACCGCAGUAUGGCAUCUGCGAAGUGGACCCGCAGGGAUGCCUCAACACUGAUAGCGCUUCCGUCAUUUCGCCAAUCGAACUACAUAAUAUGCUCACACACGGAGUGUCCCCUGUGUCUGGGUUCCCCAUACAUAAUAGACCCUCUGGCGAUGACCCGUUCGCGGAUGACAAUAAAGCAAGCGCAUCGUCGACUUUCUUAUGA